CCGGCGGGGCCGGGGCUGCGGGAGCGCCUGGAGCGGGCGCUGCGGGAUCCGGUGACGGAGCAGCUGUACCCCGAACCCCUCGGAACCUUCGAGGUGCCCGCGCGGCCCCGCCCCGUCACCACCAUCGACAUCCUGGGGCGGGGACAGAGCGCGCUCAGGGACGCCGACAGGGACAUGGGACUGGCGUUUGACCCCUGGGACGUGGAGUUCUACACUCGCCUCUUCCAGAAGAUCGGACGGAACCCGACCUCGGUGGAGGCUUUUGACCUGGCCCAAAGCAACAGUGAGCACAGCCGUCACUGGUUCUUCAAGGGCCACCUGGUGCUGGACGGUCACUCCCGGCCGGGGUCACUCUUCAAGGCCCUGAUGGACACCCAGGGCUGCAGCCACCCCAACAACGUCAUCAAAUUCUGUGAUAACAGCAGGUCAGGGGGCGGGGCAACCCGSGAGGGGCGGGGCUCGUUCGCGCGGCCCUUGGAGGUGGCGAUCGGGGCCAGCGACGGCGCCAGCGACUACGGCAACAAAUUCGGGGAGCCCCUGCUGGCAGGCUUCGCCCGCUCGUUCGGGCAGGUCCUGCCCGGGGGGCAGCGCCGGGAGUGGAUCAAACCCGUCAUGUUCAGCGGCGGCAUCGGAGCCCUGGAGGACGAGCACGUCCGGAAAGAGCCCCCGGAGCCCGGGAUGUUGGUGGUGAAGUUGGGGGGUCCCGUCUACAGGAUCGGCGUGGGGGGAGGGGCCGCCUCCUCCGUCCAGGUGCAGGGGGACAGCGAGGCCGAGCGCGAUUUGGGGGCGGUGCAGCGCGGGGACCCCGAGAUGGAGCAGAAACUGAACCGAGUCCUGCGCGGCUGCGUCGAGAGCGGGGCCAGGAACCCCAUCAGCUCCAUCCACGACCAGGGGGCCGGGGGAAACGGCAAUGUUCUGAAGGAGAUCUCGGAGCCCGCCGGGGCCGUCAUCUACGCCAGCCGCUUCCAGCAAUUUUCCCUAUAUUACCAAUCCAAAAUUUCCCUCCUUCUUGAUGAAAUUGUGGCCGUUUUUUUGCCGUUUUGGCCCGUUUGGCAGGUGGACCGCUCGGUGACGGGGCUGGUGGCGCAGCAGCAGUGCGUGGGGCCCCUGCACACGCCGCUGGCCGACGUGGCCGUGGUGGCCCUGUCGCACUUUGGGGACAGCGGCGCGGCCACGGCCAUCGGCGAGCAGCCGCUCAAGGGGCUGCUGGACCCCGCGGCCGGAGCGCGGCUGGCGCUGGCCGAGGCGCUGACCAACCUGGUGUUCGCACGGGUGACGCAUCUCAAGGACGUGAAGUGCUCGGGCAAUUGGAUGUGGGGGGCCAAGACGGGCGCCGAGGGCGGCGCUUUGGUGGCCGCGUGCGACGCUCUGGUGGUGGCCCUGCGGCGCCUCGGGGUGGCCAUCGACGGCGGCAAGGACUCGCUCAGCAUGGCGGCCAGGGUGGGCAGCGACACCGUCAUGGCGCCCGGUGAGUGAGAAACGGGGUGAAAGUGGGGA